AAUAUAUAUCAUUACAUUGAUUGGGAGAGCAAAAAAGGAAAUUUUUUUUUUUUUUUGAGAAAAUUUGGGAGAAAAUUAUACUGAUGGGGAGCUCUGGAUUGGCGAAGAAGACCAACGGGUACCUUGGCGUCACUGAGCCAAUCUCUUGGAGCGGGCCUUCUGAAGUUGAUGUUUUGAAGACCCAGGAACUCGAAAAGUUUCUUUCGGAUGCUGGAUUGUAUGAGAGCCAGGAAGAAGCUGUUUCUAGAGAAGAAGUUCUGGGGAGAUUGGACCAGAUUGUGAAAGUUUGGAUCAAGAACGUUAGCAGGGCCAGAGGAUUCAGUGAGCAGUUUGUUCAAGAGGCUAAUGCCAAGAUCUUUACUUUUGGUUCCUAUCGUCUUGGGGUGCAUGGACCUGGUGCAGAUAUAGAUACAUUGUGUAUGGGACCUAAACAUGCAACUAGAGAGGAAGACUUUUUUGUGGAACUUCAUAAUAUGUUAGCAGAGAUGCCAGAAGUAUCAGAACUGCAUCCUGUGCCUGAUGCUCACGUACCUGUUAUGGGGUUCAAGUUUAAUGGUGUCUCCAUAGGUCUUCUUUAUGCAAGCCUUUCACUUUGGGUCAUUCCUGAAGACUCAGAUAUCUCUGUAGACUCUAUAUUACAGAAUGCUGAUGAACAAACUGGUCGCAGUUUGAAUGGUUGCAGGGUUACUGAUCAAAUUGUAAGAUUGGUGCCAAACAUUCAGAGUUUUCGCACAACACUGAGAUGCAUGAGACUUUGGGCAAAACGCCGUGGCAUUUAUUCAAAUGUUGCAGGUUUUCUUGGCGGUAUUAACUGGGCAUUGCCUGUUGCUCGUAUAUGCCAGUUAUACCCAAAUGCACUGCCAAGUAUGUUGGUAUCUCACUUUUUCAGGGUUUUUACCCAGUGGCAAUGGCCAAAUCCUGUAAUGUUAUAUGUAACAUUGAAGAGGGGUCUCUUGGUCUUCCUGUUUGGGAUCCAUGAAGGAAUCUAAGAGAUCGACAUCAUCAAAUGCCUAUAAUAACACCUGCAUAUCCUUGCAUGAAUUCUAGCUACAA